CGCCUGGUGAUUGGGGGACUUUCUCCCGGAGCCGCGCCGGGGCGAGCGCGCGGUGCUCGAGCUGCACGGGGUGGCCCAGGCGGAAGGAAACCUGCCUUCUCGUCUGAGGGAUCCUCUCGUAGAAAUGUGUGAGUCCUUGGAUAAAUUUGGCUUGGUGAUGGCAUUAUACUUUCUCCAGAGACUCUGCCACUUCCUCCAUGUGCCUUUUCUACUCUGACAUAAGUUUUUUAGUGCUAAUCCCUGUGAAAAGUCAGAGCGUUUGCCCUUUCUACAUUUUCUGCCACUAGGUAUCCCCUCCCUUCUUUUGCCCCUUUUAGGUAGAACUCAGGCUGAGGUGACGACAGCUGUGGCUGCACAGGAACUGGUGAUUUCAGGAACCAUACUGCCGGCAGUGCAGCCUUAACUUCCGUUGAGUUCUUAUCUAACUGUGUUGCUAUUGGCAGACUUUCCAGAAGCUGCUGGGGGAUGUCUGACUAGCUCCCAUGGAGCUGCAGUACCUUGCUAAGAAGAGUGGCCAGGCAGACCCAUGUGAUGCCAUGGACUGGAGUUCAAGAGGGUUUCCUGGUGACCAGGCAGAUGCAGCAGCUGCCAGAGCUGCUCUCUGUUGCCAGAGACACUGUACAUCCACACCAAGAACAGCCGAGAUGGAAGGGUCUAAACUUAGUCCUUUCCCAGUUUCCCCCUCCACUUCUCUGCAAGACAGUGCUAUUCAGCCAGACUCCUUCCCACCAGGACCUCUUCACUCAGGGAACAACCAAAUAACAGCUGAACGGAAAGUCUGCAACUGCUGCAGCCAGGAAUUAGAAACUUCUUUUACUUAUGUGGAUGAGAACGUCAACUUAGAGCAGCGGAGCUGGAGCUCACCUUCAGCAAAAGGGCAUACUCACUCUGGGGGCCUGGGCUGGGAAAAUCCAAAUGAGUGGUCCCAGGAGGCUGCCAUAUCCUUGAUAUCUGAAGAGGAAGAUGACACAAGUUCGGAAGCCACAUCUUCAGGGAAGUCCAUAGACUAUGGUUUUAUCAGCGCCAUCUUGUUCUUGGUUACUGGCAUCCUACUGGUGAUCAUCUCUUACAUUGUCCCACGGGAGGUGACUGUGGAUCCUAACACAGUAGCAGCGCGGGAGAUGGAGCGCUUGGAGAAAGAGAGUGCCAGGCUGGGGGCUCACCUGGACCGCUGCGUGAUCGCUGGGCUCUGCCUCCUCACGCUGGGAGGAGUUGUCCUGUCCUGCCUGCUGAUGAUGUCCAUGUGGAAGGGGGAGCUCUAUCGUCGAAACAGAUUUGCCUCUUCCAAAGAGUCCGCAAAACUCUAUGGUUCUUUCAAUUUCAGGAUGAAAACCAACACUAAUGACAACACCCUGGAACUGUCCUUGGUGGAGGAAGAUGCUCUCACUGUACAGAGUUAAUUCUGGCUAUGAACGUCUUGAGAGUCUGCCUUGGCAUUUUGUAUGGAAAAAAUAUGUUAAUUUAUUUUAAAAAUUCACAGUGAAAUUUAUUUGCCUGGCAAGAAAAGUUUGUUUCACAGACCUUCAGCCAGUGAGUGUUUUUGUUCUCCCCGUAUCUUCUAUUUACAAGCCAUGUAUGAUGCAUAAGAAACCACAGCCAGCCAUAUCCAUCCUUCUAAAGAGCGGAAGACCAAUCUGUGAUGGCAAUGAGCUUCUACUUCUAGAGGAGAAUCUUUCUAAUUACCCAGUACAUACACAAUUUAUUUUACAUAAAUAUUGGUUAUGAUUCUUUGGACACUAGGAAGUCCUACACACAGUAGGAAAAAUUGCUAAUCUAUUUUGUGAAAAAUAACUAAGUACGAAUCACAUAAGGCUUUCAUGUAAUUCUCAAGGUGCUUACUCAUUUUCUUGCUGAAUUAUUCUUUUUGUAAUUUGGCUAAACACUAAAGUAUAGAGUCUUGAAUUUGGAAAUUUUGAAGCUUGAGGAUGUUGGUUAUUUAAAGAAAAAAAACUGUAAAAAAAUGUUACAUUUAAAAUUAUUCCUGUAUUUAAAAAUGCUAAUUAAGUCACUAGGAUAAGCUGUCUAAUAAAAGAAAAUUAUAUAAAUCA